AUGGGCGAUGGAUUUACUUCUUUUGACAAUUGCGUUACCGAUUUUAAGAACGAAUAUCCAAAUGUGCCUCCGCCAACAGAGCAGGCGAUUAAUGUUCUGAUUAAAAAGUUUAGGAAGACGGGCUCAGUUGAAAAGAAGAAACCCGUUCGCCGACGUAUCCGCCUUUCUGAUGAUGUUGUGGAAGAUAUCCGUCAACGAAUUCUUCGCAGUCCCAGGAAAUCUGUGCGACGUUUGUCUCAUGGAACUGGAUUAUCUGUUGGCAGCUGCCAUACUGCUCUUCACAAAUCGCUGAAAUUGUACCCAUACCGCGUGUCUUCUUUACGUGAACUUAUUCCUGCUGAUUUUACCAAAAGAUUGGAUUACUGCAAAUGGUUUCAAGAAAACCUGGAUGACAACCAACUUGACAUGACCCUCUUCAGUGACGAGGCUUGGAUUCACCUAUCGGGAUACCUAAAUUCCCAAAACACUCGCAUCUGGAGUGCUCUCAAUCCUCACGGGUUUGUCGAAUCACCCUUACAUGCAGUGAAGAUUGGUGUAUGGAUGGCUAUCAGCAGGCGAAGAACAGCGUAUUAA